GGGCGCUGUAAGUCCACCCCCAAGUCAUCCAUAAUUAGUAAACUUAACGGCCUGCCUAGCUAACAUGUUUUCCCCACCCAGGUACAACAGCCUCAAGGAUGAUGCAGACCAGCCUUAUGUUGACGACACGCACACCCAGAACCUUGCAGCCCUGUUCGUCCGCCACAACGCCGAGAACGUUUUCGGCGUCCACCUCAUCCAUGGCCAUUUCCAAAUCGCCGAAGGCACCGUCAUGGUCGGGACCAACUUCCGGAACCCUGACGUGCGCUGGGCCAAGCCCACAGACUCCAACAAGCUCGAAGGCUCCUCCAUCCACGGGCACAUCUUCGUCCUCACCGACAGCGGCUUCCGCGCUUACGAGUUCCAGGACGGGCCCCCCCCCGACCUCACCGCCGUCGACGAGAACUUCCUUGCGGAAUUCUCCGGCUACAUCGUAGCCAACAACCUUACCGGGCUCAUUGGCCUCCAAGUCCUAGGGCACAAAGGCUGCAGCAACCGCAGCAUGUCCGAGCUCAUCCUCGACGAACGAAGUGGCACCGUCAUGCUGGACACGUCUCUUGUCAAGAACUGUCGCCCGGCCCGUGUCACCGGCUGGACGUUUGAGUCGGUCAACGGACAGCCCCGCGUCUGCCAAGCAAACGAGACGCAUACGGCCAUGGUGAAAGGAAACCACAAGGUCUUCAAUGCAGGCAAGCCUCAUCCCAAGCUAGAGAACGUGGACGAACUCAAGGCUGCUCUUGUCGGGGCUGGUGUCAUAUAA